AUGGUUGCAUUGAAAAUCUCGCGCAUUGACGAUGACCCACAGUCUGGAUUACCGGAAACGACCAUAAGAGAGGUUGUUUUGCUCAAGGAACUCUCCGGGCACCCGAACAUUCUUACGUUUUAUGACGUCAGCUGCUCCUCGCAGCAAGAGCAGCUAUGUAUAGUGACCGAGCUCCUCGACAUGGACUUGAGAGCAUUCAUCAAAAGGCAAAAACCAGGAGGAGGGCUACCUCUAUCACAAGUUAAGACUAUCGCAAUCGCAAUACUAAAUGGAAUAGCGCACUGCCACUCUAACGGCGUUAUGCAUCGCGAUCUCAAACCACACAAUAUUCUCUUGAGUGAGGAUUUGAGGCGAAUCAAAAUAGGUGAUUUCGGGCUGGCUCGUUACAACCAUGACCCGUCUAGGACUCUGACUCACGAAGUCGUAACCUUGUGGUACCGUCCCCCAGAGGUGCUAUUGGGAGAUUGCCGUUACGACCGGUCGGUGGAUUUGUGGUCUUGCGGGUGCAUUAUAGCCGAAAUGCUGACAGGCAGACCGCUGUUUCCGGGUGAUAGUGAGAUCGACACGCUGUUUAAGAUCUUCCUAGCAUUGGGCACACCCUCCAAGACGGAGUGGCCGCAGAAUGCGCUUGAGGCCCACGAAAACUUUCCCCGGUUCCGCGGGAAGGGCCUCCCCCUCCCCCGCGACGCGGAAGCCUUCCUGGCAACCAUGCUUCAGACAAACCCCGCCAAGCGCUGCACCGCGGCGCAGUGCCUGGAACACCCCUGGCUCUACUCUUAA